UGACACUGCAAAAUGUCAAAAAAGCGUACGACAAAUGUUGUGGCAAGGCAAGUGACGAAUUUUCUUCAUUUUUGCAUUUAAUUUAUAGAAUAAAGGAGAACGGAGGAACACAAAUCAGUCUAAAACCUUAACAAUUCAAUAAAAAAUUGGAGACAAGAUUCUCUAACUGAAAAUUCCAUCCAAACACAUUGUUUUUAAUGUUUUCCUGAACUCUCAUCAUGCCUUUUCCGGGAGUAAAGAAAGAGUACAAGGAAGCCAGGAUCAUCUGUCGCCUCUGCCUGGUUAAGGAUUCCACAUAUUCAGAUAUUUUUGAUGAGGAAACGGCCAUUCUGCACGUCCUGGAGAAUCUCAUUGGUAUUCAAAUCUCCCCACAGGAUAACUGGCCCAAAACUCUCUGUAUGAACUGCACAGAGAAGAUCCGGGCAUUUCAGGAGCUCAUUAAGGUAGCCCGAGAGAAUGAGAGGAAUCUCAGAGAAAUCUAUGGAGAUUAUCAAAUCCAGGAUUAUGAGGAAGAGAAGAUAAGUCAACCGGAAAGAAAAUUUUCCGGGAAUUCUGUUAAAGAUGAAGAAAGUGACGCAGGAGCCAAUGAAGGCUUCAAUUUUGAUGAAUCAGAUUGUUCAGAUUCAAAAGAAGAAGUACUUGAGGAACUUCCAAGGAGAAUAACACGAGGAAGCUGCAAGAACAUCCCUAAAAUUGAAAUUAAACCGUCCAGAUCAACUAGAACGGAAAGAGAGGCAAAGAUUCCCAAGAAAAGAGGAAGGAAACCAAAGGAAGUUGAAAAAAAGAUUCCUUUGCUUGAAAAAGAAGAUAAAGAAGACACUGAUAGUUCCAAAGAAGCAAAACAUCCGGAAGAGGAUGUUGAAGAACGAACCAAGAGUACAAAAGACAGGAAGAGCAGAGAUGAGAAGAUUGAUGAAGAAAUUCAUGCCUUCUUCAAGAUGGAAUGCGUUCUGUGCAACAUCCCAUUUCCGCGUUUUACAGACGUUCAGGUGCAUUUCCGGAAAGAGCAUAAGCGUCGUGGGUACGUUGUGUGCUGCGGGAAGAAACUAAAUCGCCCCAUGAAGCUUCAUGAGCAUAUGAAUGUUCAUGUAAAUCCCACAAAACAUCAAUGCCCUGUAUGUGAGAAGUGGUACAAAACACACGAUAGUAUGCUUAUGCACCGGAAGCUGCAGCAUACUCCAGUUGAGGAACGAAAGUUCUUCUGCAAAAAAUGCCCAAAACGCUUUGCACUAGCUCAUGCACUUACAGCGCAUAUGAUCACGCAUAUGCCGGCAGAGGAGAAGAAGCACGUGUGCAGCACAUGCGGACAAGCAUUUGCACUUGCAACAAUUCUCGUGCAGCAUGUGCGUCGUGUGCAUGAAAAUGCCCACGUACAGGUUUGCGAGAUCUGUGCAAAGGUCUUCCGGUGCAAGAAUAUCUUCGAGAAGCAUAUGCUGGAGCACAACAAUCAACUCAAACCCACAAUUCCGUGCACUGUGUGUGGGAAAAUGUUCACCUACCUCGUCGCGAUGCAGCGUCACAGGCGUCGGCAUAACACUUCCGGCUCACUGGAGUGUCCAAUUUGUCAGCGUGUGGCAGCCAAUCAGCAGGCACUGCAGGAGCACAUUAAGAACAAUCACAGAGAGCGCAAAAGCUUCCAGUGUGGCCUCUGUGGGCGUAACUUCCGCAGCAGGAUCUCCCUGAAGGAGCACAUGGCCACGCAUACAGGGCAGGUGCUCUAUGAAUGCAACUACUGCUCAAAACAGUUCAACAGCAAUGCCAACUACUUCCACCACAAGAAGAAUGCUCAUCCUGCGGAGCAUAAAGCUGAGCGUGAGAAGAGAUUAGCUCAGCAGGUUUUCCUUAAACCCGAAGUUAAAGCUGAUUAAAGGAUAUUUUUGAAGAAAAAAA